AUGGAUUCCACAGACCGGAAGUUCCAGCCGUGCCAGUGCGGCUAUCAGAUAUGCCUGUGGUGCUGGCACCACAUCAUGGAGAUGGCGAAUAAGGACCAUCUAGAACCUCGCUGUCCAGCCUGCCGUUCUCCCUACAGCAAAGACAAGAUCGCAUCCAACGGUCCCGAUCUCGACGAUUUUACCGAGUCGGAGAAGCGAUCCAAGUCGAAGUCCCGUCCAAAGAGCGCGUACGCGACGGCGGAAGGCCGGCGGCAUCUGAGCAACGUGCGCGUGGUGCAGAAGAACCUUGUCUACGUCGUCGGUAUCCCGCUCUCCGUCGCGGACGAAGAGACUCUGGAGCGGCGCGACUACUUUGGUCAGUACGGCAAGGUCGUCAAAGUGGCCGUCUCGCGUUCCAAUUCCUCCUUCGGCGGCUCCGUCCACCCCCCCUCCGCCAACGUGUACGUUACUUAUCUGAGGGAGGAGGACGCCCUUCGGUGCAUCCAGGCCGUUGACGGAUGCCUCUUCGAGAAUCGAAUCCUCAGAGCCUGCUUUGGCACAACUAAGUAUUGCAACGCGUGGCUGAAGAAUCUGGUAUGCAACAACCCGGACUGUUUGUAUCUUCACGAGUUUGGCACGCAAGAAGACAGUUACACCAAGGAGGAAAUGGUGCAGAGGCAUGGCGUCAGCAAGCACCCGCCUCCGUACUUCGAUCCGUCGCAUUCUGUAAACCGCCGUGCAGCCAAUGGUCUGCCACCCUCGCUCGACACGCAUAUGGAAAAGAGUUCAGCUGCACCGCCAGCGAGCCAUCCAGCAACGACAGCCAAGGUGUUCACGCUGGGGCCGUCAACGGCGCCCAAGACUGGAGGCCUGCUGCCCGCUGCCGCCUCGUGGGGCUCCAAGGCGUCACUGGCGGGGAAGGUCGUUCUAUCAGCGUCCAAACCUGCGUCCACCAGUACAGUCUCCUCAGCAAUAUCAGUCCCUGCCGCAAAACCCACGUCUGGAUCCACGCACACAGCAUCUUCCUCGUGGUCUUCAUCCAACGGCCCACAAUUGUUCAAACCAUCCGCAGCAGUGCUUAGUGGCCGGGUGAUCCAAGCCAGCGCGCAUUCCCCGCCGGUAAUCUCGCAUGUGAACGCCACACAGGCCGCGGCUGGGGCGGGGACGGGGUUCGGAUCGCUGCAGGACAAGCAGGUGCAUGGCAAGUCACCGCCUAGCAUUCUCUCGCAAUCGUCAACUGUGCGACCCGCAGCGUCCACCACUGUGGGUUUCCAGCCGUCUGGUCUCUCGAGUUCCGCUGCCUCUGUCGCUAGAACAGCAGCCACAGCUGCGCUUGCGUCAGGGCCCGGGAAACCGUCAGCAGUAGGGGCAGCGCAACAGAAGGUAGCAGCUGCUGCCGCCGCUCCUGGUUCGGCUGGUUCGUUAGGUUCGGCAGCUGUUGGUUCGGUUGCAGGGGGUUCUGCGCGGUCUAAGGCUCAGUCGCCGUCGAAGCAGAGGUCUCGGUUGGUGGUUCUGGGGCACACGGCGCAGGCUAAGGCUUCGUCUCUGGGCAGGGAAUCGCCCACUCCAGCGCAGCUCGCGUCGUCAGGUGCCGCAUCAGGUGGUUCUUCAGGUGGUUCAGCAGGUGAGCACGACUACGCGGCAGCUUUAGCAGGCCGGGCUGCUGCAGGAGGCGCAGCGGCUACGGGCAGCAGCGGUUCAAAGAAGGGAUUGAACGGGACGCAUGCGCAUAAAGGGUCAAGAUCUGAGGACAUGGAAGGAGUGGAGAGCGGUGAUGCCAGCGCAAGCGCCGGUAGUGCUGUUAGUAGCAGUAAGAAGGGCGCGAAGGACAGUAGCGUUGAGAAGGGCGGUAGGGAUGGGAAGAGUAGAAAGGGUGCGAAGGACGAAGCUGGUAGAAGUGGUGAGGCUGUCAAAAGUGAUGACUCGAAGAAGCGGGCUUCGAUGGAGGAGUGCGGAGAAGGUCGGGAAGGAGAGAAGGAGAACACGGGAACGCAGAGAACAGGAGGCAAGGCUCACGGGCAGCAGGCAGAGGGUGCAGAGAAUGCGGCAGGGAAGGGUGGGGGCGGGGGCGGGAAGAAAGGGAAGAAGAAGAAGGGCGAGAGCGGCGUAGUGAGGGUGAUGGUGGAAGCGGAUGACUCGCGCAGCUGGGAGGAGCUGCAUGGGGUAGAGGACGAGGAGGAGAAACGACCGCGGGAGGCGGGUGAGGCGCGCGCGGAUGGAAAAGAAGGUGCGCAGGCGAGUGCGAAGAGCGAAUUGCAGGCUAGGGUACUGGCGUUUGAUCCUAUGCGGCUGGAUGCGCAGAAGGGGAAAGGGAAAGGCGGUGAUGUUGGCGCAGGAGAGAAGGGGUCUGAUGGGGGAGAGGACGGCGCUGGGGUGGAUAAGGGGAAGGGGCGGGGUGACGCGGAUAAGGGCGCGGGGAAAGUGAAUGGGCAGGCGGAGAAAGGGAAGGGCAAAGGGGCUGGUACAGAGGAAGGGGACAAGGGGAAGGCGAGAGUGGGUGGGUCUAAUGAAGGAGAGAAGAAUUCAGAAAAGGUUAAAGGCAAAGGGCAGUCAGAAGCGGAGAAGAAGAAACUUAAGGGGGCAGCAGCAAAGGAUCCUGAUAAGGAUAAGUCAAAGGGGAGGGCGGAGAGGGUGGAGAAGGUGGAGAAGGGUGAAGGAGCCUUGUCAAAGCGUGCAAAGGCUGAGAGUAAUACUAAAGAGGAGGUAGCAAAGAGUGCCACGUCAAGUCAGGAGCGCGAAGUUGAUGUGAGCCCGUCAGACAUGGAAGGAGAUAAGCAGGAAGCGACGCAGGAGUCAGGGGGCGAUUCGUCUAAGAUGGAUUUAGACGUGGAACCGGAAACAUCAAGAGAGGCAAGCAAGGACGUGGAUCUGAAGGAGGAGAAAAAAAUCAAGGAGGAAAGAAGGACAGAGAAGGAUAGAAUGACUGAGGAGGAGAGAAGUUCAAGUGAGGAGAGAAGGAGAGGGGAGGAGAGCCUUCCAGAGGAGGAUGAGCUCUCAGUACUGAUCGCUGGGGAUGUGAUGGCGUCCGCAUCAGCAGUCCAGCUUCCAGAGAGUAGCGAAGGGGCAGACAGUGCUGCUGAACGGCAGUCUGAUCAAAGUAAACACGCUUCUGUGGCUGAUGCUGCUGACAGUGCAGGUGGCAUGGGGGGACAAUCGGUUAAGACUGUGUGUGUGCCGAAGGGCAUGAACGGGAGCAUACUGCCUGUGCAGAGAAAAGCUUUGGUAGAGGCUGCAGAGCCUGCGGGAGGCGAGGGGCGUAGGGACGGAGGGCAGCGGAACGAGUCGAAUGUAAUUGCGGAUAUUCUUGGCAUGGAUGCUGACGCGUGGGGCACAGGCGCGUUUGGGUCCUCUGGUGUGCUGUCUAAGCUGCUCCGAGGGAGUUUUAAGGACCCACUGCCAACACCAGGAACAGGAGAAGGUGCAGGGGUAGGAGCAGCGGGUGAAACCGGGGCAGGGGCAGGGGCUGGAGCAGGGGGGCGGGAGUAUGCAGUUCCAGGAACAGAGGCUUCUAGUGCCGCUGCCACGAAUUGGGAAGGAGUGGAAGCGAAAUCAGCACCGGCGCCUGCAUCUGCACCUGCACCUGCGUCCGCACCAGCACCCGCCAUCCCCUCUUCCCUGUCGCGGCGAUCCCGGUUCCGUUUCGCACAGGAAGAGGCUGGGGCAGGUACAUCUGGGGAGGGCGCAGCUGCCAGUGCAGGUGGUGCCAACGGCCAGGGGGUUGGGCUUGAAGGGGGUGGGCUUCAGAUGGGGGGCCUUCAUGGGACGUUUUUUGGCUCUCUUGGCUUUGGCUUGGGGGUCAGCAGCGGUGGUUUGGACAGUGGCGCGAGCAGCGCGAGAGCUGCCAAUGCUGGCAUGGAUGUCGGUGAUAGUGGGAGUGAGAAGAAUGCGGGCCAUGAUUUGCCUGGCAGCCUCAAUAAACAGCAGCAACAGCCAGUGCAGCAGCAGCAGCAGUUGUGGAAGCCGGAAGCUACUGUGGGGUCAGUCCAGUUGUCCUCAUCCAAAGCACCACAGGAGAGAGCUGCAGCACCCCUAAACCCAUCCCAACCGUCCGAAACCCCUGCAUCUGAAGCGACCCCAGACUCACGACCCCCCACCCUGACUACCUCUAGAAGCGGCAGCUUCAGGGCAGGCUCUACGGGAGUGUCAGCACUGGCGCCCCCGCCUGGCUUUUCCAAGAGGCCUGACUCUGUGCCUCCUGGCUUUGGCCGCACGUCCCCAGCACUCCCAGGCGCCAUGCAGCCGCCGCCCGGCUUUGGACCUCUCCCCGCCAAGACCCCUCCCUUGCCGGCCUCAACAGGGGCGCCAUCAGCACCGCCAGUGCCUGGCCUGGAAUCAACCCUAGAAAGUUCUGCAGCAGCAACAGGACGAGCAUCCCCAUCAGUAAACUCACAGCACCUGACACCCAGCGAUACCAGCCAGAACCCAUCUUCUCUCCCACCGCCUCUCGUAACCAUCGCAUCAACCUCCUCCCCAGAUCCGUCAAGGACCCGAGCAAGUGAAAACUCGAAUUUUUCUGGGGGGGAUGAAGCAGCAGGGCGGGAGGGUGGGUAUAGUGACAUGGGGCCCAUGGCAGAGCUAUUGAUGAGAAUAGGCGUUACAGUGAACCCAGGUGCACCUGCUGGCGCGAGCUCUAGCCUAGCUUCGGAUUCAGGAGGAGCAAGAUUUGAUGCAGGUAGUGGUGCUGUUGGAGCAGGGUUUGCUUCCAGGACUGAUUUGCCGCCGAUUAAGGAGAGAGGAGUGGUAGAAUUGGCAGGAGGAGCAGAGGAGAAGGAGCAUGGUUUGGCUGAGCCGCUGGGGGGGCUGUCGGGUCUGCCUGGUCUGUCGGGUCUGUCUGGCCCAUCAGGGCUGUCGUCUGGCCUGUCUCGUAUGAUAGCCACUGUGCCAAAUGCAAAUGGGCAGGGCUCGCAUGUGCCCUUCACAGGCCUGCCUCCUGGGCUUGGCAGCACGCGGGCCGGAUUUGGGUUUCUGUCCGGUGCAGGUGGUGCGUGGGGCGGUGGAGAACGGUUGGCAGGUGCGGGUUUGGCUGGUUUUGGGCUGAGGGAGCAGCAGACGCAGAGGAUGGUGGGAGGUGGUGGGUUCAGGGAUAUUGGGCAAGGGGAUGGUGCUCAGAUGUUGUCGUUCCAGCAGCAGCAGCAGCAGCAGCAGCAGCAGGUGCAGCAGCAGCAGCAGCAGCAGCAACAGCAGCAGCACCAGCAAGAGCAGCAACAGCAGCAGCAGGUGCAGCAUCACUUGCAUCAUGCACACAUGCAUGCUCAGAACCACAUAGCCCCUUCUCCCCGGCAGCAGCAGCAGCAGCAGCAACAUCGCUUCCCUACCCAGCCCCCGCCUCUGGACCUCUGGCAGUCAACACUAUCCGUGCGGGAGUCGAGGCAUGCCCGGAUGGGUUUCGCGCUGCUGCCAGCAGCAGAGGGCGAGCAGCACACUGGCGGGUGGGCAGGCCAUGACAAGCGCAGCUUCCUCGGACAGGGCAUAAAUGGCGCACCUUG